UGCCCUUCGUGUCAAGUGCGCGUGUAUUAGAGGUUUGCAGAGGGAGUUGAAUUUCACGUAGAUAGCUAGGCUAGCUAGCUUGCUAUAGUUUGCAGUUGAAGCACAGUUUUGUAAUUUUAUCCAUAACAUUCUCCAGAUUUUUACAGUAUGAGUAACGUUGGUUUUUCGAAUGUACGGGGGAGCACUUCUGAGGGACCUGAUAAGGUUGACAUGUCUUUAGAUGAUAUCAUUCGUCUGAACAAGAAAGAGCAACAAGCACGGAGGCCAGGCCCAGGGAACCGCAGGCCAUUACAGAAGGGAAAGGGRUUUGUACAAGGGAAACCAGUUGGAGCUGGUGGACAGACCCAAAGAGGAGGUGGUGUAGCAAGAAGGGGGGUAACGAGAGUGGGUGUUGGAAGAGGCCGGAAGAUUCCCCCUCCGGUUGGUCAAAGCCGGGGUCAAGGGGUUAUCACUGGACUGGCGGCCCGGAAGAUGUCAGCCGUACAGAAAGGCAUCAGUCCACUCAACCGACCGACUGUCAACCAGAAGUCACGGCCCUUCAACAACCAACCGCGGCCCUUCAACAACCAACCGCGGCCCUUCAACAACCAACCGCGGCCUUUCAACAACCAACCGCGGCCCUUCAACAACCAAUCGUGGCCUUUUAUCCAAUCAGCCCAAUUCAGACAGACGCAAGGCCAGAGGAGGCCGUACAGACAGACAGACGUACAGAGAGGCCCCGACACGACGACACAGACAAGACCCGUUCAGCUGCGGGGACGGCCCCUGCCCCCUGUCCAUCAAACCCAGAGAGAAGCCCGCCAGGCCACGUUUCUCUUUCACAGGGGCCUCAAGGUUCACGCCCAGGUGCAGAAGCCAGCUCCAACCUCUCUACCCCCUACUCCAGUUAGAUCUCGCCAAUGGCGCACGUCAACAAACAGCAGUGGGAUCCUGACCGUUUCCAUCGACAACCCCACUGCCACCAUGACGCAGCCUGAGCCUCCCCGUGCUUGGUCCCUGCACCCCUCGGCACCCAUCAGCCCGGCCCCAGUCAAGGUGGAGGAGGAGAAGAAACCAGUACCACCUAAAGGAGUCCCCCUGCAGUUUGACAUCAACAGCGUGGGGAAACAGCAGACAGCGAUGACUUUGAAUGAGCGAUUCCGCAUCCUGAAAGACCAGCGCAUCGCCACUGCGCAGACCAGCAAAGGCAGCCGAUUCGUCACRGUGGGUUAAGCCAACGAUAACGAAGGAAACCUUUCUGUCCCACUCAGACAGACAUGCACACUGACCCACACUAUCUGAUUUGCUGGAACCAUUCAAAAGGUCCCUGCGCUGAUCUUAAGCUGAUUCUCCUGAGUGACUUUCCUCAUGGAGCAGCAGAAUGAGAUACACAAAGUGCACUACUCCUCAAAUGUGAGAACUAUAUACGGGUGCAGUUAUUGUGGAAGAUUUUUUUUGUUUUUUUGUACCGUGAUAGGACACUAUCAUUAUUCUUAACAAUGUAUACUGAACAAAAAAAUAAACGCAACAAUUUUACUGAG